UGAUAACCUCUAAAGUCGGGGCAUUACGAAAUCUGAUUGUGACGGGUAGAAGAGAGGAAUCGCCACCAUGUUUAUGUCUAGGUGUCUUGCCUUAAUUCUCUCACUUACCGUUUCUUCAUCGCUGUCAUUACAAUCUAAGCCUUAUUUCCAAAUAAUAGAAGAAGCUGUGAAUUUGGUACAAUCUGGAGGUAAACUAAACAUUGAGGAAAACUUUGUGGACACUGUUCGUUAUUUGAAGGAUUUUCCACGACAGAUUCUGUAUGGAAACGAGUUCGGUGCUACAAAGUACAAUGUGAGCGGAAACUGCAGUCACAGUGUACAAGCAGUCACGUCGUCAGCUGUUGCCCAACCCAAAAGUAACACAUGGGCUUUGCAAAUCCUUGAUGCCAUUGGAAAACCUGGACCUGGUAUUCUGGAUGGCAAUUUAAGAUGGCUGGGAUCCUAUGACGAAUGUAAACGAACCGAGUAUCGUAAUGGGACACUGAAUAUUAAAGGAACAUAUUCUAUAGUUUAUAUACCCUUGGGAACGACUAGCAGUGCGGGAGAAUUCAGCGGGGGAGGUGGUACAGGCAUUUUGAUUGGUGUUUGCCUCCCAGACAGUUGUAGCAGUAGCGACACUACGGCGCUUGUACAUGAAGGUCUCGAGAAGAUACCUUUCGGAAAUAUAUCCAAUAUAGUUUUCGUAGUUAUUCCGGAGGAGGAGAAGCCAUUGACAUCUAAUGCUAUAGUUACAAUUGUUAUAUUAAGUAUACUCACUGCCAUCAUUGUCCUGAGCACUGCCUAUGACAUCAUCAUAAUCCAUUGGCUACGUAAGAGUAGAGCAGAACUGAAGGAAUCUUAUAUCGAUCCUGCAAUAAAGAACACAGACAACGAGAAAUAUCCAUUGCUGAACCACGACUCAAAAGAACUACGCAGUGUUCAUAUAGAAGACAGCACACUUGAGAAACUUCUGUUGUCCUUUUCCGCUUACUCCAACGGCAAGAAAAUCUUGAGCACGCAUCGAACCUCCGAAACUCUCACUGCUCUUAAUGGGAUCCGAUUUCUGAGUAUAUCGUGGGUUGUUUUGGGUCACAGCUAUGCCUUCGUUCUCGGCACUGUCAGUAAUAGUGGACCUUUUUUAAAAGACAUGUUAGACAGAUGGACUUUCCAGGCCAUUUCCAAUGCUCUGGUAGCAGUAGAUUCAUUUUUUGCUCUGAGCGGACUCUUACUCACUUAUCUAACUUUGAAAGAGAUGGACAAACGAAGGGGGAAACUGAACUGGUUUAUGUUUUAUUUUCAUAGGUUCUGGAGAUUAACUCCUGCGUAUAUGCUGGUUCUCAUGACUGAAGCGACUCUCUCACCCUACUUCUCUGAUGGGCCAAUUUAUCCACCGAAAGGAUUCGAAAAAAAUUACUGUGAAGAUUCAUGGUGGAAAAAUCUACUUUAUGUCAACAAUUUGGUGGAUAUGUCCGACAUGUGCAUGGGAUGGUCGUGGUAUUUGUCAAAUGACAUGCAGUUCUUUAUCCUCAGUCCUCUUAUGUUGAUUCCUCUUUAUUAUAAAGAAUUUAUCGGUAUCGCAGUGUGCCUGGUGUUUUUGAUUGGAACUACAAUCGCUCCUGGUGUGAUUUCGGCUCAUUAUGGGAUGCCACCAGCCAUUAUUUCACAGACAGUUCAGUCGCAAGAUAUAUUAAAUGUUUACAUGGAAAAGUACUAUAUGAAACCAUGGUGCAGAAUGGGUCCAUACAUAAUUGGAAUUUUGUUCGGGUAUCUGCUUUUUAAAACCAAGGGCAAAGUCAGAAUUCACAAAAUAUUAAACCUGAUGAUAUGGCUAGUGGCUGCUGUUCUUGCCUGUUUGGUAUUAUAUGGAUUGCACGAUGCAGUAAAUUAUAAUCCACUGUCUGAUGGCGUAUCAGCUUUAUAUAACGCAACAAAUAGAACUGUAUGGGGCGCAUGCGUAUGCUGGGUUAUAUUUGCAUGCGCAACAGGAAAUGGUGGUUUUGUGAACACAUUACUCUCUUGGUCACCAUUCGGACCCCUAGCCCGGCUCUCUUAUUGCGUUUACCUCGUCCAUCCAGUCCUUAUGUAUGUGGACUAUUAUUCUUCAAGAGUCCCUAUGUAUCUCACCGACUUUUCAGGAAUAUACUUGUUCCUCGGAAAUUUAGUUUUAUCGAAUAUGGUUGCAUUCGUAGCAUCUUUGGCUUUUGAGGCUCCAAUGAUGGGACUCGAAAAAGUUUUGCUUCGAAAGGAAAGAAAAUAAAUUAUAAGGAAUUGUUCUACGUACUACUACGUGUGUGUCGAAUUUUCAAUUUCUCGACAGAACAUAUCAUUUCAACAUAUGUCAGCCGAUUGUUUCUGCUCUGUAUGUGAAUUUUCAGAUUCUUUAGCCAUUUCCACUUUUAAAAUUGACAGAGCCGAUCCUCUCCUCUAGAUCUCGAACAUGUACAUGUAGGUAAUGACGUAAUAAUGUGUCCGAAAUUAAAGAAUACACGAAUAGAAAAUAUAUAAAUUUGUACACUACAUUUACUGAUAUGAAUAAUAAAAUAAAAGUUUGGUUUUCAAAA